CAGUGCAAGCUGUGAUAUAACUCGGCCCCGUCUUGCUUGAAUGGUCGGAACACUGUCAUUCUUCCAGCUGAGGAGCGCCUAACACCCACUCGUUUAUUUCGCUUUUUGGUGAUUUUCUUUCUACUUCUACCACGCCAUGUAACAGAAGAAUACGCAGCUCAACUCAGCCGUGCGUACCUUUUUUCUUUCCAUUCGCCGAGAAAGGUUUUGUUUUGUUGUUACGAGCAAAAACUUUCUGAGGGUGAAAAGGAUGCAACAGGGAGUGACCCUUUUCACUUUCGUAUUGGAUAAGACUACGGGGGUAUACUGAGGAGCUAAGAAUAACCUAUGUACAACCUUUUAGGCGGAUACGCCUUCAGCUAGGAAGACACGAGAUACGAGUGCGUAUAAAGUACAUUGUACUUGACAGUGCCGUUAGCUUAAAGGACAGCCGAGUUCUGGUGACAGACGGAUACUUUGAGUUACUAACAAAACAUCCCCUUUGUGAUCUUCUCAUUCUUCUCGGUCGCAUUACACUAUGUUUCCAGCUCUCGUCAAUACAACGUGUAAAGCAACAGGGCGAGGAAACCCCCCUGCGAAAUCUUAAAUCGAUGACAGAAGUGACUCAUUAAUUGUUUACCUGCUGAAAAGGGCAAAGCCAUUAGGCUGCGUUACGUCUCAUAGUCCGUUUUCUAUUUCCCACGCCUGUUUCUUCAUGUGCCUUGGGCGAAGAAGUGCUAACAGAAGACGGUGAACAAGGAAAAAAUAAACGAUUAAACUUUGUAAACUGAACGCUGCAACUCAGUUUGUUUACAGAAUUUGCAAAUGUUACGUGAACGUGUGGAGUAAAGGGCUAGAAAAGGGGGAAAGAAAUAAAAGUAAACAAGAAUAAGAAGCGAGAAAAGUAGAAAACGAAAAAAAAGAAGAGCAAGAACAACAAUAAGAUAAACAACAACAAAAACAGCAGGAACAGCAGCAGCAACAACGAAAGGGACGACAACACCAUCAUCAAAUGCACACAUAAGCUCAACAAAUGCACAUAAAAGCUCAACCUUCAACCACAAAGAGAGAAAUUAGGAGUGGCGUCAACAUAUAAAGUGCUGUUGAAACAUUCUGUAUGCUUUGAGAGUGAAAAAAAUCUGUACGUAGAAACAAUCUCGUGAGUGUAAGUAUUUCGAGAUGGCAGAACUUCGGAACGGCUCUGCCCGUCGGCAAAAGACCAAAUCAUCGGACCUGACGAAUCUGCGUAUCAAGUGUGCUAUUCUCGGCGAUGGCAAUGUCGGCAAGUCGGCCAUGCUGCUCACCUACUUGACCGGGAAGUUUCCAGACGAAAGUUGUCCCGGGCCUAUUGAUGGGCUAUCAGAGUUCGACCACCUCACAACCAGGCCAGUGACCAUCACCCAUGAAAACACCGAGGUUGAGAUGAGCUUUGUGGAUACGUACGGACAGGACGAAUACGACAAGUUACGAGAGAGGCUGUGCUCUCAGGCAGACGUUUACCUGCUGUGUUAUGACGUCAGUCGUCCGGCGUCAUUCGACAGGGUGAAACACCAUUGGGUGCCAG